CAAUAAAGUUCCACGACGUCGGGAGAGUGCUGUGAUGUUGAAAGAAGCUUGUUGAUCCAUCCCAAUUUUCAAGAUCCGACAGGCCGCCAAAAUGCCGUCCGCCGUUGACUCCGGGGAUGACCUCUAUAGUGCGGUCAAGCAGAUAACACAGUCGUCCUCAGACUCAGACUACAUCGACCAGCUGGUCCCUGUGAUGAGAGAUGUUCGCUACUCGGACCGCGCAGGGCAUCUCAUUCAAGCUCUCAAUCAGAUAUCUGCUGAGCGAGAAUCUGAGAUUGAGCGCAUGUGCAAUUCGAAUCAUCAGGAAUUCGUCAGCUCCGUGAACUCUUUAUUACGAGUCCGGGAAGGCACUGUGGACAUGACCACCCAAAUUCUCCAGCUAAAUCAGUCCAUUCAAGCCAGCACAGAGAACCUCGCCGCCCAAAAGAAAGCCCUAGUAGACUCACGUGCAGUGCGACAAAGCAUUGACGAAACAUCAGAAGCUCUGAACGCAUGUUUGGACGUUCUCCGCGUCGCAAAUCAAGUACGAGAUCUGCUUCUCGAGAAGAAUCAUUAUGCGGCUCUGCGUUCACUCGAUGAACUACAGAAUGUCCAUUUGAAAGAGGUGGGACGAUACAAGAUUGCUGAAAUGAUCGAAAGAUCCGUUCCAGCUACUCAGAGAUUAAUCGCAAACGCCGUCAUGGACGAUCUAAAUACCUGGCUUUAUCGCGUCCGAGAAGCUUCCCAGUACCUUGGUGAAGUUGCCUUCUAUCACACAGAUCUCCGAAGAACACGCCACGAAGAGCGAAUGCAACAAGAUGAACACUUCAUGAAAUUCAAGCUCAACUCCGCUAUGGACCUUGUGGCCGACGAGACCGAUGAGUUUGACAUUAUGAACAACGAAGAAAUGCAGACGGAAUUUGACUUUUCUCCGCUCUUCGAAUGCAUGCAUAUCCACGAAACCUUAGGCCGCAGCGAUUACUUCCGUGCGGAGUAUGCUUCGAAUCGUCGAAAGCAGAAAGAUCUCAUCAUCCCUUCAUCGCUAAACCUCCUGGAUGACGACGGGUCCGAUUUAAGCAGCCUUUUGGAGAGCAUUGCCGGCUUUGCAAUCAUCGAGAAAGCGACGAUCAAGAGGACGAAUAACUUCAGAGCGAAUGUCGAUGUUGAUGAACUGUGGGAUUCCAUGUGCCAAAGCAUGGCCACCUUGAUAACCAACGGAUUGCCUUUAGUCGACAAUGAUGAUCUCCUACUCAAGAUCAAAGGGCGAGUUGCAUUAUUCAUGCUUACUAUGGAGAAAUGGGGUUACUCGGUCAAGAACCUCUAUGACUUGCUAGUUACUCUCUUCGACAAAUACUCGGAUCUCCUCAAGCAGCGCUUCAGCGAAGAUUUCCAAGAAAUUGUUUCGACUGAUGACUACAUGCCAAUGCCAAUCAACAACCUCGAAGAAUACGAUAAAGUCGUCAAUGUCAGCUGGUACACCCCAAGCCAAGCCCGCGAGCAGCUCACAUUCCCCUGUGUCCUCCCCUUUUCCCAGAUGUAUCCCCUCUGUUGUAUUGACAUUCGCAAUUUUCUCAAUCAAAUAUAUUUAUUCUCCGAUGAUCACUUCCAGCGCUCUACCGUUAUCGACGAGACGCUUAAGAAUUCUCUUGAUGAGCUGCUAUGCGAAAAGGUCUGCCAAUCUUUGGUAGAGCGACUUAGCUCUCAAUAUCCUGGUCAAAUUGUCCAAAUCCUCACCAACCUGGAGCACUUCGAGAUCGCUUGCCAGGAACUGCAAGACUUGCUUUUCCAGGCACGGUCAUCGGGCUCCGCCACUGGGCCUGUCAUUCUGCAAGCAACGGAGCAGUUCCGUAAUGCUAAGAAGACAGCAUCGGAUCGUAUCUUUGAAUUGGUCAACUCUAAGAUUGACGAUCUCAUCGAGACUGCCGAGUACGACUGGAUGGCCACGAGACCUACUACAGAGACUAGCAAUUACAUGCAGGAGCUGACGCGCUAUCUUUCCAACAUCAUGAACUCCGUUCUGCUCGGCCUGCCAACGGAUAUCAAAGAGUUCAUCUACUUCGAUGCUCUUAGCCACGCGGCAUCUGCCAUCUUGGAACUCCCUCUCCACGAGUCUGUGAAGCGAAUCACCCCAGCCGCAGUCACCGCUCUCGUCACCGACGCAGACUUCCUUUCGUCCUUUGUCGACAGCUUGAACAACCCCAUCUUGAAGGAGAAUCUCGACGAACUAGUACAAACCGUGGCGCUAAUGGCGACGGAUAAUUCCGAUGAAUUCUUUGAUAUGACGCAGCGAAAUCGGAAGUACAGUAAGGUUGACAGAGAGAAAGGAGCUAUCCUGAUUGAGAAGGUCAUGGAGGGCGCAGCUGUAGCAGCGCAGACCCCGUCGAGGCCAUCUGAUCGGUUUGGGACGAUUGGCUCAAGGUUCCGGAUGGGGUGAGAGCGGGAUUUGUAGGUUUCCUCGCGCAUGGUGUUGAAAUGGUACGGGCGCUCGCGGAAACGAUGUCUUGUUGGUGUCCUUGGAGUCUGGCAGCAUGGCGCGCUUGAAGCGUUUGUAUACUUCAAUAUAGUAACUUUUAUUCCCACUCGCUCUCCUCGUUUGC